CCGGGAGCUGGGGACGCAUCGGCUAGAGGAGACGAUCCUCCCGCCUCUGGAAUUGGGGGUGCGGGGGUGGGGGCCGAGCAAGGGGCGGCGCGCAGCCAAGUUGCAAAUUGGAUUAGGGAGCGUGGGGGUGAGAGCCACGGGAGGGGUGAGGGAGCUGGGCCGGGGGGCCCGGGCCGCGAGAGCGCGGAGCGGGGCAGCUGUCCCCACCGGCGGCCGACCAGCCUCUCUCCACCGCCAGGAGAGAACGGGCUUUCAGGGCGAGCACGCCGCCUCCCCUGGCAAAGAUAUCUGGUCCCUAAAACCCCCACCCGGUCCCCGCCCUGACCCUGAGAAGAAGCAGGCGCGGGGAGCAGCCCCCCAUUCAAGCGAGGGGCGGAGCCGGGGCCCAGCGCCGGGGAGAGGGCCUGGGCCGAGAUCCCAGGCCGGCAGCCGGGCACCAUGCUGACCCGCCUGUUCAGCGAGCCCGGCCUUCUCUCGGACGUGCCCAAGUUCGCCAGCUGGGGCGACGGCGAAGACGACGAGCCGAGGAGCGACAAGGGCGACGCGCCGCCACCGCCACCGCCUGCGCCCGGGCCAGGGGCUCCGGGGCCAGCCCGGGCGGCCAAGCCAGUCCCUCUCCGUGGAGAAGAGGGGACGGAGGCCACGUUGGCCGAGGUCAAGGAGGAAGGCGAGCUGGGGGGAGAGGAGGAGGAGGAAGAGGAGGAGGAAGAAGGACUGGACGAGGCGGAGGGCGAGCGGCCCAAGAAGCGCGGGCCCAAGAAGCGCAAGAUGACCAAGGCGCGCUUGGAGCGCUCCAAGCUUCGGCGGCAGAAGGCGAACGCGCGGGAGCGCAACCGCAUGCACGACCUGAACGCAGCCCUGGACAACCUGCGCAAGGUGGUGCCCUGCUACUCCAAGACGCAGAAGCUGUCCAAGAUCGAGACGCUGCGCCUAGCCAAGAACUAUAUCUGGGCGCUCUCGGAGAUCCUGCGCUCCGGCAAGCGGCCAGACCUAGUGUCCUACGUGCAGACUCUGUGCAAGGGUCUGUCGCAGCCCACCACCAAUCUGGUGGCCGGCUGUCUGCAGCUCAACUCUCGCAACUUCCUCACGGAGCAAGGCGCCGACGGUGCCGGCCGCUUCCACGGCUCGGGCGGCCCGUUCGCCAUGCACCCCUACCCGUACCCGUGCUCGCGCCUGGCGGGCGCACAGUGCCAGGCGGCCGGCGGCCUGGGCGGCGGCGCGGCGCACGCCCUGCGGACCCACGGCUACUGCGCCGCCUACGAGACGCUGUAUGCGGCGGCAGGCGGUGGCGGCGCGAGCCCGGACUACAACAGCUCCGAGUACGAGGGCCCGCUCAGCCCCCCGCUCUGUCUCAAUGGCAACUUCUCACUCAAGCAGGACUCCUCGCCCGACCACGAGAAAAGCUACCACUACUCUAUGCACUACUCGGCGCUGCCCGGUUCGCGGCCCACGGGCCACGGGCUAGUCUUCGGCUCGUCGGCUGUGCGCGGGGGCGUCCACUCGGAGAAUCUCUUGUCUUACGAUAUGCACCUUCACCACGACCGGGGCCCCAUGUACGAGGAGCUCAAUGCGUUUUUUCAUAACUGAGACUUCGCGCCGGCUCCCUUCUUUUUCUUUUGCCUUUGCCCGCCCCCCUGUCCCCAGCCCCCAGAGCGCAGGGACACCCCCACCUACCCCGGCGCCGGGCGCGGGGAGCGGGCCACUGGUCCUGCCGCUCUCCUGGGGCAGCGCAGUCCUGUUACCUGUGGGUGGCCCGUCCCAGGGGCCUCGCUUCCCCCAGGGGACUCGCCUUCUCUCUCCCCAAGGGGUUCCCUCCUCCUCUCUCCCAAGGAGUGCUUCUCCAGGGACCUCUCUCCGGGGGCUCCCUGGAGGCACCCCUCCCCCAUUCCCAAUAUCUUCGCUGAGGUUUCCUCCUCCCCCUCCUCCCUGCAGGCCCAAGGCGUUGGUAAGGGGGCAGCUGAGCAAUGGAACGCGUUUCCCCGUCUCAUUAUUAUUUUAAAAACAGACACCCAGCUGCCGAGGCAAAAAGGAGCCAGGCGUUCCCUCUUUCCUGAAGAGGGUAGAAGUCAGGGCGCCGGAGCCCGGGCCUGGAACGCCCUCACCCCCAACCUCCAGUCUCCGCGUUUUGCGAUUUUAAUUUUGGCGGGAGGGGAAGUGGAUUGAGAGGAAAGAGAGAGGCCAAGACAAUUUGUAACUAGAAUCCGUUUUUCCCUUUUCCUUUUUUUAAACAAACAAACAUACAAAAAAAAAAAAAAAAAAAAAAAAAAAGCUAAGAGGCGACGGAAGCCGAACGCAGAGUCCGGAUCGGAGAGAAAACGCAGUAAGGACUUUUAGAAGCAAUAAAAGGCAAAAAAAACAAAAAACAAAACAAAAAACAAAAAAAAAACCCACUACUACCAAUAAUCAAAGACACAAAUAUCUAUGCAAGGAGGCUCCACUGAGCCUCGCGGCCCGGCCCGGCCCCGGGAUGCCCCGCCCGGCCUGCGGGCCGCCCCGCCCGAGCGCGGAUCUGUGCACUUUGGUGAAGUGGGGGCCCGCGCCGCCCCCUCCCCCUCCCCAGGUUCUUACAAUCAGUGACUCGGAGAUUUGGGGCCCCAGUGCCACUGCCCUCCCCCGCCCCGUCCCCGUUGUGCGUCAUGCUGUUUUUUAAAAACCUGUUUCCAAAUUUGUAUGGAAUGGCAAACUGUUGGGGGGUCGGUUUGGGGAGGGAGGGUUUGCAUGAAAGACACACGCACACCACACCGCACGCACAAGCAGGCCCGGCGCCGGCGUCCGGGGGGCAGAAGGAGGUGAGCUCGCCGGCUCCUCCUCCCCGCGGCCAUUCUGUCCCCUCCUGGGGUGAGGGGUGGGGAUGGAGACCUGGGGGCAGUCCAACCCCUGCCCGGACUGUGCCUCGGUGGGUGCCAGGCGCCCGGCGAUUUCCGGUGUCUGGAGAGAGUAUUUUUUGGUCCAAGGAGUCCUCCUGGCUUUAGCUGGUGGGUGGGCGGGGAGAGGUCUGAGGGCUCCUACUGGAGGUUCCCCCAAAAGGGGGCAAAAUGAGACCCUCUGCCCACCGGAGGCAGGGGAUCAGGCAUCCAAAUACACGAUGCAAAAAUGCAAACCCACAGGCGACACACCCACACACUCACCCACACACACGCAAUUUUACCUUCCUCUUGUAGCGAAGAUGAAACUCCCGUCGGACACCCGAAGUGCAUUGCGUGUUUCUGUUCAGUUUAAUGACGAUUAAUAAAUAUUUAUGUAAAUGAGAUGCAAAGCCGGA